AUGCCUUUAAUUGAUGAAUAUGGUGUGCUCAAUGUUGUUGGAAACUAUCAACGGGUCAAACAGUUCUCUAGGUCUGAAGCAGGGGUUACUCAUGUUUUAGUAACUGAAGGCGCUGGCUAUAUCGGUUCCCAUGCUACACUACGCCUUCUCAAAGACUCUUACCGUGUAACUAUAGUGGAUAAUCUCUCUCGUGGAAACAUAGUUGCAGUCAAAGUUCUUCAAGAAUUGUUUCCCGAACCCGGGAGACUUCAGUUCAUUUAUGCUGAUUUGGGAGAUGUAAAAGGCGUACACAAAAUCUUUUCAGAGAAUGCAUUCGAUGCGGUUAUGCAUUUUGCAGCGGUUGCAUAUGUUGGGGAGAGUACUCUUGAUCCUUUAAAGUAUUAUCACAAUAUUACAUCGAAUAUGCUGGUGGUACUGGAAGCUAUGGCCGCACAUAAUGUUAAUACUUUGAUAUAUUCGAACACAUGUGCGACUUAUGGAGAGCUUGAGAAGAUGCCGAUUACCGAAGCAACUCCUCGGGUACCGUACCAUGGGCUCUAGGGUUUUAAUUCAUGAAUCUGAUUGAAUUAGCAUGAAGAUUAUGUUUUCUGAUUAUAAAUUGUUUUGUUAUCUUUUUUUGUAAUAAGUAGCGUAAAUCUGUUGCAUUUAGUUUCUAAUUUGAUAUAAAGUUUGUUUUCUGGCAUAUACACUUACCGUUCUUUGCUGGGCCCAUGAAC